AUGCGCGUUUCUCAAGCUUUCGCGACGUUUGUCGCCAUCAUUAGCGUGGCCAAGGCCGCCCCAGCCGACGAUAAGGCGCGUCAGCACGCGGAAUUCAAGCGCCAACUCGGCGGCAACGCAGGAGACGCCAAGGACGCGACUUUCGAUUACGUUAUUGUCGGCGGCGGUACCGCUGGCCUGGUGAUGGCCAACAGAUUGAGUGCCAAUCCCAGCAUCUCAGUCGCUGUGAUCGAGGCCGGCACAUUCUACCAGAUUACGAACCCCAUCAUUGGCAACACGCCUGCGGGUGAUACCCUCUUUGCGGGCGCCAGCCCUCUCGACACUAACCCUCUCGUUGACUGGAACUUCAUCACUCAGCCCCAGGCUGGUGCCAAUAACAGGCGCAUCCACUAUGCUCGUGGAAAGUGUCUCGGUGGAAGCUCGGCACGUAACUUCAUGAUCUACCAGCGCGGCACGAAGCAGUCCUACCAGAAGUGGGCGGAUGCUGUUGGCGAUGACAGCUACACUUGGGAUUCCCUCUUCCCUUACUUCCAGAAGAGUGUCAAAUUCACCCCUCCCGGCUCCUCCCGCGCUGCCAACGCGAGCGCCGAGUACAACCCUGAUGCUUUCUCCCCUGCCGGCGGACCUCUCCGUGUUUCCUACGCCAACUACGCCCAGCCCUUCAGCAGCUACCUGGAGCCUUCUCUUAAUGAGAUUGGUAUCCCUCAGGCUCAGGACUUCAACAGUGGCGAGCUGAUGGGCGCACAGUACUGCUCCGAUACUAUUGCACCUGAGACUGAGAAGCGCGAGUCCAGUCAGACCUCUUUCCUCAACCAGGCUAUUGGCCGCUCCAACAUGAAGGUCUUCCAGCUGUCUAUGGCCAAGAAGAUCCUCUUCGACAGCUCCAAGACCGCUACCGGAGUCGUCGUCAACACCGGUCUCGUCACUUAUACCCUCAAGGCUCGCAAGGAAGUCAUCCUCUCGGCCGGUGCUUUCCAGAGCCCUCAGCUUCUCAUGGUUUCCGGUGUCGGCCCCAAGGACCAGCUCCAGAAAUUCAACAUCCCCAUCGUCGCCGAGCGCCCUGGUGUUGGUCAGGGUAUGGAGGAUCACGUCUUCUUCGGACCUACAUGGCGCGUCAAGGUCCAGACUCUGACCCGUCUUGCCAACGACCUCAUCUACACUGCCGCUCAAUUUGCAUUCCAGUACUCCAUCUUCAAGCAGGGUCCUCUCACCAACCCUGAGAAGGCUCCUCGUGACCUCAUCAGCGCCGACACCGCCGCUAUCCUCGACUCUCAGUUCCCUGAGGACUGGCCCGAGAUUGAGUACCUCACUGCCCCUGGCUACGUCGGCAACUUCGCCAACCUCCUUCUCACCCAGCCCAAGGAUGGUUACCAGUACGCCACCAUCCUCGGCGGUCUUGUUGCCCCGAUGUCCCGCGGCACUGUUACUCUCGCCUCGGCUGACACUAAGGACUUGCCUCUGAUCAACCCCAACUGGCUCACCGACCCCACUGACGUUGCUGUUGCUCUUGCUACGUACAAGCGCCUCCGCCAGGCCUUCAGCAGCAAGGCCAUGCAGCCCGUCCUCGCCGACAACAAGGAGUACUACCCUGGCGCCGCCGUCCAGACUGACGCUCAGAUCAUCCAGCAGAUUCGCAACGAUGUCAUGACCAUCUGGCACGCGUCUUGCACUUGCAGAAUGGGCAAGAGCGAUGACCCCAACGCGGUUGUUGACAAGGACGCGAAGGUCAUCGGUGUCAACGGUCUGAGAGUUGUUGACGCUAGCAGCUUCGCGCUGCUUCCUCCUGGUCACCCUCAGAGCACCGUUUAUGUGCUCGCUGAGAAGAUCUCCGCCCAGAUUCUCAACGGUUACUAG